AUGGGGGAUCAGGAGAGCGCAGAUCAGGACAACCCAGACUUUACCGCAGGGCCGUUCGUAGCUCGCAGAAAUCCUACGGGGGAGAUCGAGUCACUGUUAGACUCACUGUAUCUUCAUGAUGGAGACGUCAGUCAGAAUGGAGAUGACAGAAUAGAACGGGCUCACUCACAGGACAGAGUUAAUGAGGAAAAUUCCGACCAUACUAGUCAGAAUGGGGAGGAGGCUUUGGGAGCUCUUGGGAGAGGGCUGUUGGAGCCUCUUACUCCUGUAGUGGUGCAGAGGGAGAAUAGAGUGGACAUUUCCCAGACUGACUGGGACAGUAUGCAGAACAGAAUGAGGGUUUUGGAAUGUCACCUAGGAGCUCUGGAGACUACUCACAGAGAGUCUGUGUCUAGUUCUCUCAACAGAGAAACAUCCUUUAGGGAGAGUGUUGAAAGGGCUUUGGCAAAAAUGGAACAGGAAUUCCAGGACAAGAUAGAGGUGUUAGAUAAGAACAUGGUUAGCUGUUUAAAGAGGAGGGAUGAGAAGUGGCAAAGAGAGAUUAGUACUUUGCGUCCCACUAGUACCCCUAUUAAUCAGAGAACCAUUGCUGUAUCCACUGACAUGGGUGGUCCCCCUCCCCUUAAUGCCACCUUUAGUAUGCCUGGUGUAUCCCCGUUCUACUUCAAGCCUCCAGUCCGUUUGGAUUUCCCCACAUUUGGACCUAGUUGUGAAACCGCGGACGUGUUGAGUUUUGUGGAACAAGCAGAGAACUUUUUGGAGUUACGCCCACUCUCGGUACCAGAACUGAUGGGGACAUUAUCCUCCGUGUUGAGGGGACCUGCGCUAAGCUGGUGGAAAGCUGCAAAAGGCCAGGUGCUUGAUUGGAGUAUGUUUAAAGAGACAUUUUUGAACGCAUUCCUUCCCACGGACUAUAUGGCGGAAGUGGAGGAAAAGCUGAGGGAGCUGGUGCAGCAGCCCGACCAACGUCUGCGGGACUUUGCUUAUGAUUACCAGGCCCUGUGUCUCAAAUGGAAACCGGAUAUGCCCGAGGAAGAAAUCGUGAGACGCAUACUUAACAACACAAAUCCAAAAGUAGCGGGGUGUUUGAGAGGAACUGUCCAUACGGUCACAGACCUGGUGAAAGUGGGGUCCAUGGUGGAGAAAGACUGUGGUAGCGCUAAAGGCUAUUGGCAGAAAGUGCAUGCCUCCACCGAGGGAACUGGGAAAAGGGCCCUAGAAAAAAGAGGUGGGAAUAAAUUCAAUGCAGUUGUCACCCAACCUCCACCGCCCCAAAUGCAGAGAGCAGAGCUGCUGUUGGUUCCUCUUACCAUAUGCAAUGUCCAGGGAGUGGCUGUGGUGGAUACCGGAAGUACCUACACGCUCAUGCGAGAGGGUCUAUGGAGGAACCUCCAUGGCACCUCAAGAGACUUGAUUCCAUCAGAGGACCAGAGGUUUGUCAUGGCGGAUGGAACCGCGCAUGUUGCCCUGGGAAAACAACGCUUCGGACUGGACUGGCAUGGUCGAAAGCUGAGUGUCGAGGCGCAUGUUAUGGACGACAGACAUCUCGCUUUUCCCAUGAUAAUCGGACUGGAUUUUCUGACUGAUGCUGGGGUUAUCCUAGACCUGGCUAAACGCGUUUAUGGAUUACAAACGGCAAAUGGUUAUGUUUUCCAUCCCUUCCUUCUGCCGCCCACAAGACCGGGUCCAUGGACGAGAACUGUUCCGAGGGUGCAUUUAUAUUACGCACCCCAACCGGGCAGAUUCCUGCCAUGUUGGACCUCGUAUCCGCUCAUGAUGAACUCUGUCUCUGUCGACCAGCCCAAUGAACUUUCUCAACUCAUUAAUGCCUGGCCCACAGUGACUUCCAGUGUGCUCGGCAAGACCACAGUGGAAAAGCACACAAUUUACACCCAGGAUGAGGUGCCAGUUAAAUCUCGAGCUUACAGGGUAUCUCCCCUCAAAAAGAGAAUCAUUGAAGAGCAUGUCGAGAAAAUGCUGGACGAGGACAUCAUAGAGCCAUCUCAGUCAUCUUGGUCCUCACCCGUGGUCAUGGUCGAUCGUCCUGAUGGCCGGGAGCGAUUCUGUAUAGACUUUCGCAAGGUUAAUGCUAAAACCCUCCCAGACGCUUACCCCAUGCCAAUCAUCCAUGAGAUCCUCGAGUCACUAGAGGGUGCGACAUGGUUCAGCGCCUUGGACCUACAGUCGGGGUAUUGGCAGAUAGCCAUGGAUGAAAACAGCAAACAAAAGACAGCUUUCAUCACAACUCUGGGACUCUUCCAGUUCAAACGCAUGCCCUUCGGUUUGCGGAACGCGGCAGCCACCUUUCAAAGAUUGAUGGAGAAGGUGUUGGGAGAGCUGAGAGGCAGGAUGUGCUUUGUUUACAUUGACGAUAUCAUUGUAUACUCUACGUCCCGUGAACAACAUUCUAGAGACCUGAACUCUGUCUUCCAAAAGCUACAGGCAGCCAAUCUCAGCCUGAACAUGAAGAAGUGUCAGUUCUUCAAGAGAGAACUAAAGUUCUUGGGACAUAUCGUGUCUUCUCGGGGUGUGGAGGUGGAUCCAUCCAAAACCAAAGCAGUGUCAGAGUUCCCCGUGCCACAGGACAUUAAAGAACUGCAGCGUUUUCUGGGGCUCGCGGGCUGGUACCACAAAUUCAUUCUGGGCUUCGCGGACAUGGCCGCCCCAUAG